UUUCUUUGAUCGACAGUUCUGUGUUACUAAGAAAAAUGGGUUCCAAGGCGUUUCUUUUGCUAGGUCUUUUGUUGGCUAUUGUUCUUCUCGUCUCUUCGGAGCUGUCACCGAGAGACCAGGCUAAGACUUCCUCUGACCAGAGAAAAGUGGGGGCCACCAAAGAGGCCAAUGUGGUAGAUGAUGCCAAAUACGGUAAAUUUGGAGGAAAACCUGGUGGCAGAUAUGGGGGAUACCAAGGUGGACGAUCUCGAGAUCCUAGAAUUCUUAAAAGUGGGUCUGGCAAAUAUCGCUGCCCCGCCCAUCGUAGCGACGACAGUGUGUGGAGCAAAGGUCGCGGUUCGGAGCACCGAGGUAUCAGCAGUUGUCCCCCUACUAAUCAUGAUGCAGAAACCGAAGCCAAGCCUCAAAACUAA